UGUGAGAGACUGGGUUACAGCCUAGGUUGAUUAUAGGUAAGAAACAAAAUGGAAGUAGAUGCAGCAAGUUGUUGUACACCAAAAAGUAAAGGAAUUGUGGUGGAGUAUUGGAAAAGUAUCAGGAAGUUUACCAAAACAAUUGUCAAGUUAAAAGCCUCUUCAAACACAAGGUUAAUAAACGCGGAUUGGAAUGUGAGACACUGGGUUACAGCCCAGGUUGAUUAUAGGGAAGAAACAAAAUGGAAGUGGAUGCAGCUAAUUGUUGUACACCAAAAAUUGAAGAAAGUGUGGUGGAGUAUUGGAAAAGUAUCAGGAAGUUUACCAAAACAAUUGUCAAGUUAAAAGCCUCUUCAAACACAAGGCUAAUAAACACGGACUGGAAUGUGGUAGACUGGGUUACAGCCUAGGUUGAUUAUAGGUAAGAAACAAAAUGGAAGUAGAUGCAGCAAGUUGUUGUACACCAAAAAUUGAAGAAAGUGUGGUGGAAUAUUGGAAAAGUAUUAGAAAGUUUACCAAAACAAUUGUCAAGUUAAAAAGCCUCUUCAAACACAAGGCUAAUAAACACGGAUUGGAAUGUGAGAGACUGGGUUACAGCCUAGGUUGAUUAUAGGUAAGAAACAAAAUGGAAGUGGAUGCAGCUAAUUGUUGUACACCAAAAAUUGAAGAAAGUGUGGUGGAGUAUUGGAAAAGUAUCAGGAAGUUUACCAAAACAAUUGUCAAGUUAAAAAGCCUCUUCAAACACAAGGCUAAUAAACACGGAUUGGAAUGUGAGAGACUGGGUUACAGCCCAGGUUGAUUAUAGGUAAGAAACAAAAUGGAAGUGGAUGCAGCAAAUUGUUGUACACCAAAAAUUGAAGAAAGUGUGGUGGAGUAUUGGAAAAGUAUUAGGAAGUUUACCAAAACAAUUGUGAAGUUAAAAGCCUCUUCAAACACAAGGUUAAUAAACGCGGAUUGGAAUGUGAGACACUGGGUUACAGCCUAGGUUGAUUAUAGGUAAGAAACAAAAUGGAAGUGGAUGCAGCUAAUUGUUGUACACGAAAAAUUGAAGAAAGUGUGGUGGAAUAUUGGAAAAGUAUUAGGAAGUUUACCAAAACAAUUGUCAAGUUAAAAAGCCUCUUCAAACACAAGGCUAAUAAACACGGAUUGGAAUGUGAGAGACUGGGUUACAGCCUAGGUUGAUUAUAGGUAAGAAACAAAAUGGAAGUGGAUGCAGCAAGUUGUUGUACACCAAAAAUUGAAGAAAGUGUGGUGGAGUAUUGGAAAAGUAUCAGGAAGUUUACCAAAACAAUAGUCAAGUUAAAAAGCCUCUUCAAACACAAGGCUAAUAAACACGGAUUGGAAUGUGAGAGACUGGGUUACAGCCCAGGUUGAUUAUAGGUAAGAAACAAAAUGGAAGUGGAUGCAGCAAAUUGUUGUACACCAAAAAUUGAAGAAACUAUGAUGGAAUAUUGGAAAAGUAUUAGGAAGUUUACCAAAACAAUUGUCAAGUUAAAAGCCUCUUCAAACACAAGGUUAAUAAACGCGGAUUGGAAUGUGAGACACUGGGUUACAGCCCAGGUUGAUUAUAGGUAAGAAACAAAAUGGAAGUGGAUGCAGCAAAUUGUUGUACACCAAAAAUUGAAGAAAGUGUGAUGGAAUAUUGGAAAAGUAUUAGGAAGUUUACCAAAACAAUUGUCAAGUUAAAAGCCUCUUCAAACACAAGGCUAAUAAACACGGAUUGGAAUGUGAGAGACUGGGUUACAGCCUAGGUUGAUUAUAGGUAAGAAACAAAAUGGAAGUGGAUGCAGCAAAUUGUUGUACACCAAAAAUUGAAGAAAGUGUGGUGGAGUAUUGGAAAAGUAUCAGGAAGUUUACCAAAACGAUAGUCAAGUUAAAAAGCCUCUUCAAACACAAGGCUAAUAAAGCGGGACUGGAAUGUGGUAGACUGGGUUACAGCCUAGGUUGAUUAUAGGUAAGAAACAAAAUGGAAGUAGAUGCAGCAAGUUGUUGUACACCAAAAAUUGAAGAAAGUGUGGUGGAGUAUUGGAAAAGUAUCAGGAAGUUUACCAAAACAAUAGUCAAGUUAAAAAGCCUCUUCAAACACAAGGCUAAUAAACACGGAUUGGAAUGUGAGAGACUGGGUUACAGCCCAGGUUGAUUAUAGGUAAGAAACAAAAUGGAAGUGGAUGCAGCAAAUUGUUGUACACGAAAAAUUGAAGAAAGUGUGGUGGAGUAUUGGAAAAGUAUCAGGAAGUUUACCAAAACAAUUGUCAAGUUAAAAGCCUCUUCAAACACAAGGCUAAUAAACACGGAUUGGAAUGUGAGAGACUGGGUUACAGCCCAGGUUGAUUAUAGGUAAGAAACAAAAUGGAAGUGGAUGCAGCAAAUUGUUGUACACCAAAAAUUGAAGAAAGUGUGGUGGAGUAUUGGAAAAGUAUCAGGAAGUUUACCAAAACGAUAGUCAAGUUAAAAAGCCUCUUCAAACACAAGGCUGGGUGACAGCCCAGAUUUAUUACAGGUAGGAAUUCAUGUGGAAGCAGAAGUAGGAGGAAGUUGCAAAACGUGUGGUGAAUUAUUGGAAAAGGAUUGAGAAGUUUACAAAAACAACUGAGAAGUUAUAUGACCUAUUAGAACACAGGUUAAUAAAUAGAUACUACGUUGUGCAAAACGAAAAUCUACAGGAAUUGUGGUUAAAUAUUUGAAAAAUGAUUAUGAAAGAUGACUUAUAAUAAGAAUAGUAGUAUAAACGUCAAUACUAUAGUUAUAAUAAUCACAAUAGUGUUUGUAAUGAUGCCUCAGGCAGACUUACCGAA